GCUGCGUUUGAAACACACAACACCAUCUCACCAAAUGAGCGAGGAAAGUGGUGCGGGUGGUGGCAGUGGUGUGGCGGUGCUGAUCGCGCAGCGCUUGGUGUCGCCCGGGUUUGCUCAAGACCCUGACACCAAGGAGACCGCUCGCACCUUCUUCAACAUUAUGCUCACCUGCCGUGAGCUGUACCACGACCUGCCAUGGGCCAUGCCAAAGUGGUGCCUCCAGGAGCUGCUCGCGGAGGAUCCUGCCACCCAGCGCGGAAACGCCAUUGCGCAGUGGAUGGACAUGUUCCAGUCCGGUUUGAGCGGACCACUGGCGCUACCGCAGCAGGACGACAGUAACGACACGGGCAGUGGCAGUGGCUGCAGCCACCACAGCGGCGGCGGCGACAGUAGCGAGGACGAUGCCCGCGUUGCGUGCUGGCUGGAGAACCGGUUCCUCGUUUACUCAUGGCUUGGCACCAUGUGGGACAGCAACUGUGGGUUCCUGCGCGCCAGGCUGGCGAAUGCAGAGGAGAAACCGGAGUUCUGGCGCAAGUUUAGCCAGUGUGGGCAUGUCGACUUUGGCUCACUGCAAGACCUCAUCAGCUGGGAUGCAAAGGCACGCGAGCGGGGAGCAGGGAGCACAGUGGAACCGGAAGCGGGCGUGUUGGAGGCGGACAUGGAGGAACCCCACGCAACACAGGGCGCAGCAAGGGGACAGAGUGACAAAGAGAAAGACGCCAACGACGAUGGCGGCGACGGUGGCGACGGCGGCGAUGGUGAUGACGACGACGAUCCCACUCCCACACAACGCGAACAACAGCAACAGCAACAGCAACAGCAGCAGCAGCAGCAACAACAACAUCAUCAUCAUCGCCGCCCUGCACCCGCGCUGUUCUCCUUGCAAGCGACGCUUCAGCAGCAAGACGAAGCCAAUCACCUGCACAGCCUGUGCUCCACGCUCCUCCUGCAUUCCCGCGGCCAUAGCGUCGAUCUGGCUUUGUGGAAGAACCUCGAGUCCUUGACGGUUGCCCAUGUGGACAGGCUCGUGAUUCAUGCUUACGCAGCAAUGGCUGAGCGUGUCUCUUUCCAUGACGUGGCACACCUUUGGUGGCAGACAUCGCAGGACCAGCAUGCGAUCCGUGGGGAAUUCCAGCACGUGCGGCACUGCACCCUCAUCUACCAGGCGGCCCCCGUUGACGUGAGUGCGCUGGCUGGCGUCGCGUCUCUCAGGCUGCAGAGUCUGCGGCCGUCCCAGGGCGACACCCACCUCGACCUUGCACCACUUGUGGGCGUGGGCCAGCUGGAAAUAUUCGACAGGCAAUGCAUCAACUCACAGCCAGCCAUUGCUGCGGCACGCGGCACCGUGGACGUCACCGAGUGCAACAUCACCACUGACACCCUCGUUGCCACCCGCGUCAACAUCACACGGACCGUCUCCGUGCCACCUGGCCUGCACCUCCCCAACGCCACGCACAUUGAGCUCCAUGACGCUGCCACGAGUGUGCUCACCUGCCCCGCCCACCUCCACCAGCUCAUCGUGCGAGACCGCCGUCGGCACUCCCACGCGCUGCCAGCGUUCACACACGCGUCGCAGGUGCACCUGGAGCUGAGCCACGCGCUCACGCCCGAGCAGCUGACGGACCUCGGCAGGCGCACACGGCACCUCACCAUCUACCGCAGCCUCGGGCACGUCAGCGACCUGUGCGGCAUUCCAGAGAGCACGCACGUGUCACUGGUGGACGUGCGCGUGGAUGCACCUGUCCCGCCGUGUGUGAAAGAGCUGCAGCUGACCAUGCGCGGUGGGCUCUCAGCCAGCUUCGUGGCCAGCGUCCCACGCCUCUCGCUCCGUGGCAGCACAUCGCAGGACCAGCAUGCGAUCCGUGGGGAAUUCCAGCACGUGCGGCACUGCACCCUCAUCUACCAGGCGGCCCCCGUUGACGUGAGUGCGCUGGCUGGCGUCGCGUCUCUCAGGCUGCAGAGUCUGCGGCCGUCCCAGGGCGACACCCACCUCGACCUUGCACCACUUGUGGGCGUGGGCCAGCUGGAAAUAUUCGACAGGCAAUGUAUCAACUCACAGCCAGCCAUUGCUGCGGCACGCGGCACCGUGGACGUCACCGAGUGCAACAUCACCACUGACACCCUCGUUGCCACCCGCGUCAACAUCACACGGACCGUCUCCGUGCCACCUGGCCUGCACCUCCCCAACGCCACGCACAUUGAGCUCCAUGACGCUGCCACGAGUGUGCUCACCUGCCCCGCCCACCUCCACCAGCUCAUCGUGCGAGACCGCCGUCGGCACUCCCACGCGCUGCCAGCGUUCACACACGCGUCGCAGGUGCACCUGGAGCUGAGCCACGCGCUCACGCCCGAGCAGCUGACGGACCUCGGCAGGCGCACACGGCACCUCACCAUCUACCGCAGCCUCGGGCACGUCAGCGACCUGUGCGGCAUUCCAGAGAGCACGCACGUGUCACUGGUGGACGUGCGCGUGGAUGCACCUGUCCCGCCGUGUGUGAAAGAGCUGCAGCUGACCAUGCGCGGUGGGCUCUCAGCCAGCUUCGUGGCCAGCAUCCCACGCCUCUCGCUCCGUGGCAGCGUCCGGCGCGAGCGCAUUCAAGACUUUCACCUUCUGUCUGGCCGCCCCAAGCUCGCCAUGCAAGAGUGCACCAUUGACGGCGAGAUUGCUCGUUGUCAGCACGUGCGCCUUCGCGACUGCAGCGGCGCGGCUGCUGUUGCUUCCGUUGACUGCCUGGUGGUCAAUGAGGCAAGGCUCGGCGCACCCGCAGACGACGAUGACCAAGUUGCCAGCACCAACAUCAACAUCAUCUGCUUCAGGCAGGCACGUGCGCUUCGCCUCACGCGCGUGCGUGACGUGAGCACGUGUCGCCUCUGUUACUGCGACAUUGAGGACUUUGCCUGCAUGCAAGGCGUCAAGCGGCUUAUCCUGUCAAACUGCUCCUUCAACAGCCUUGACGGCCUCCCGCCCGUGCAGUCUUUGGUCAUUCGCAACUGCACCAACGCGCGAAAUCAGCGCUGGGCAGACGUGGUGUUGGUGGACCGCCCGCCCUCGGAGCUGUCGUCUCUCCUUGCUGAAGCGCUGCGGCAGGAACAGCUCGCAGCCAUCAGCCGAAAGCCGCCCAGGACGAAGAGGGGGCGCAGAGUGCAAGUCAGGGCGCGACGACGAGGUGGUGGUGACUGAUGUUGAGAUGGAGCGGGGGGAGGUUCAUGGGGAAUGCUGGGUGUUCUUGUGGAUGAUGAGUGUUUUGUGUGCAGGGUACAUGUUUUUUUUUUUUUUUUUUUUUUUGGUUGGGGUUAGUGAGCGAGACCGUCGAU